AUGAGCGCGUUCAAUGCCUUCAAGGCCUGCGUGCCUAUAGAGUGGAGCCCGCGCCUGUACAUAACCCUGGUGCGCGGCCUCCCCGGGACGAGGCGUCUCCACCGGCGCACCCUGGAGGCCAUGCGCCUGCGCCGCUGCAACCGUACCGUCGUUCACCGGACCACCCCUUCCCUCCUUGGCAUGCUCAAUCAGGUCGGCGUUCCUUCUUUUUUACGGGUUUCUAGGCUUCCUCUGCCCCUCUCUGGCAGUUCCCUCAGAGAAUCCUUCCAUAUGUGUUGUAGGUUAAGAGGCUCGUGGCGGUGGAGACGGAGGCCAUGUACAAAGCCCGGAGAGAGAACAUCGAGGCGCAGAGGUCCCUCCGCCCGCCGAUCAUCGUCAGCCACCACCCUCAAACCCCAUCUGCCGCCGAGGACGCAGCGGCUUAG